CAGCGAAAGGGAAAAAGGAGGGAAAACAAACCCUAAAGAAACCCUAGGGAGAGCCCAUCUUCUUCGUCUUCCUGUUCUUUUGAGCCUCCACAGAUUCCAUAGAAGUUCUUUCUGGUCAUUUCCGAACCAUGAGCAUCCCAGUUAACCCGAAGCCAUUCUUGAACAAUUUGACCGGAAAGACUGUGGUGGUGAAACUCAAGUGGGGGAUGGAGUACAAAGGCUUUCUCGUCUCAGUGGACUCGUACAUGAACUUACAGCUUGCCAAUACUGAGGAAUAUAUUGACGGACAAUUUACUGGGAGUCUAGGAGAAAUAUUGAUCAGGUGUAAUAAUGUUCUUUACCUUCGYGGAGUACCGGAGGAUGAAGAAAUUGAAGAUGUGGAGCGUGAGUAGCAUGUAAAUUUUUAGCAGCUCUGCCAUGCCAUAGUACCCGUAAAGUAUUCAGUUCUCUAGUUAACUGUUUUUCUUUCAUCUGCGGCAUCAAUUGUAUCUUGUUGUUAUUGAUACUAUAUAUGUUAUCCUUAGGACAGUAACAAUCUCUGCUUGGGUUGAUUUCUAACCUCUGCAAAAACCAUUUGGUUUCCAUUGUUGUGGUAAAGGAGAUUGACGGGAAACAAAGAGAAUUCUUGAAUGUAUCAUCUAUUCUUCUUGAUAGCUUUGAAUUGCUUCAGUUUUAUUAUAUAAUAUAUAGUCGGAACAUGUUACGGUUUUGACUGUGA